AGUGAUCCCCAUGGACAUCAGGUUGUGGAAACAUCCCAAAAACUUUAAAAAUAAGAAGAGACAACGGAUAGUCUGUAAAUCCGUUUUUUCGGUGGGGGAGAAAAGUGUAUACUGGUGGAAGGAUUGUGAAAGAAAAAUAAUUUGAGGAGAGGAAUGUUGACGGAGAAGUUGGCCGGCCGGUCGACGGUGCCGUCUUCGUCGCAUUCGCUCCUACUCAACGCCGUGUCUUCGGAGAGAAUUUUCGACGAAUUGCCGGAAGCGAGGAUCGUUUCCGUGUCCAGACGGGAGACAGCCGCCGGAGACAUCAGCUUCAGCCCCUUUCUCUUCACUUACACUAUUCAACUCCGAUACAAACAGUUCAAGUGGAUCUUAGUGAAGAAGGCUUCACAAGUUAUUUACCUACACUUUGCACUCAGGAAGCGCUCACUGAUUGAGGAAUUCCAUGGAAAACAAGAGCAGGUUAAGGAGUGGCUUCACCACAUAGGAUUAGGAGAACAACAAACUACAGCCCAACAAUCUGAUGAUGAUCCUGAUGAUGGAGCUGCCCUUGCAUAUAAUGAAAGUACUGUUAGAAACAGGCAUGUACCAUCUAGAGCAGCAUUGCCAAUCAUCCGGCCUUCAUUGGGGAGGCAACAUACAAUCUUGGAGAGAGCAAAAAGUGUGAUGCAAGAUUAUUUGAACCACUUUCUAGGGAACUUAGAUAUUGUAAAUUCUAGUGAGGUUUGCAAGUUUUUGGAGGUCUCCAAGUUAUCAUUUUUACCUGAGUAUGGACCAAAGCUAAAAGAGAGCUAUCUAAUGGCUAAGCAUUUACCCUAUGUUUCAGUGAAGAAAGAAGACUCCAGAUGUUGUACGUGUUGUGGGCUUGGUUGUUGCAAGAAUGAUUGGCAAAAGGUUUGGGCUGUUCUGAAGCCCAGUUUCUUAGCUUUACUAAGAAGCCCCUUUGACACUGAACUAUUGGACAUAUUUGUUUUCGAUCCCCUUCCUGCUGGUAAUAGUAAGGGCGAGGUGCAAGUAAGUUUGGCCGAGGAGAUAAGGGAUCACAAUCCUUUGCGUUAUUCAAUCAAGAUCUCUUGCGGGAAUCGUAGCAUAAAAUUCAGAAUUGCAAGUCAUGCUAAAGUUAAAGAUUGGGUUUCUGCAAUUAAUGACGCUGGUCUAAAGCACAAAGAAGGUUCGUGUAGCACUCAACGCUUUGGUUCUUUUGCUCCACAAAGAGGAUUGGCUGAGGAUGGAAGUCAUGUUCAGUGGUUUAUAGAUGGAAAGGCUGCAUAUGAAGCAAUUGCUUCAUCAAUAGAAAAUGCCAAAUCCGAGAUAUAUAUUACUGGAUGGUGGCUUUGCCCUGAACUGUACUUGCGGCGGCCAUUUCAGAACCACAGUUCCUCUAGACUUGAUGCUUUACUUGAAGCAAGAGCUAACCGAGGGGUUAAGAUAUACAUUCUCCUGUACAAGGAGGUUUCUCUUGCUUUGAAAAUCAACAGUUUAUACAGUAAAACAAAGCUUCUAUGCAUUCACAAAAAUGUGAAAGUGCUACGCUACCCUAAUCAUUUUUCUGCUGGGGUCUACUACUGGUCACACCAUGAAAAAAUUGUUAUCGUGGAUCAUCAUAUUGCCUAUAUUGGAGGAUUGGAUUUAUGCUUUGGCCGUUACGAUACAGUUGAACAUAAAGUUGGUGAUAACCCUCCUCUGUUAUGGCCUGGAAAGGACUAUUACAACCCAAGAGAAUCUGAACCAAAUUCUUGGGAUGAUACAAUGAGAGAUGAGCUGGACAGAGAAAAAUAUCCGCGCAUGCCUUGGCACGAUGUCCAAUGUGCCAUUUGGGGCCCACCAUGCCGAGACAUUGCAAGGCAUUUUGUUCAGCGCUGGAAUCAUGCUAAGAGAAGCAAAGCUGCGAAUGAACAAGAAAUACCCCUCCUGAUGCCACAACACCACAUGGUUAUCCCACACUACCUGGGCAGAAGCCAAGAAAUAGAUGUUGAAAUUAAGAAUGCUCAUGCUAGUGCAGAAGACUUAGAUAGACUGGGCGUCUUUCGUUCAGAGUCGCCACCUGAAAGCAUACCAUUGCUUUUGCCCCAGGAAGCUAACAGCAGGCAGGCUUCCAAUCUAAACAACACACAAUAUGAUGUCAUUCAUCAAGUGGAUCCACUAGUAGAUCAAAUAACUAAACAGGAAGAUUGGUGGGUAACACGGGAGGGAACUGAAUUUUCUGAUAACUUAGCAGACGUUGGUCCUCGGACCCCUUGUUCUUGUCAAAUUAUCAGAAGUGUUAGCCAAUGGUCAGCGGGAACAAGAUAUACAGAGGAUAGCAUUCAUACAGCUCAUUGUUCACUCAUUGAAAAUGCUAAGCACUUUGUCUUCAUUGAGAACCAGUUUUUUAUAUCUGGCCUUUCUGGAGAUGAAAUCAUUCAAAAUCGAGUACUUGAUGCUUUAUACAAACGCAUUGUGGUGGCAUACAACGAGAAAAAGUGUUUCAGGGUAAUUAUAGUCAUCCCGCUCUUACCAGGGUACCAGGGAGGUUUGGAUGACAUUGGAGCAGCAACUGUGAGAGCCAUAAUGCACUGGCAAUACCGAACAAUUUGCAGGGGACAACGCUCUAUAUUGCACAAUCUUUAUUCCUUGCUUGGUCAAAAAACAUCUGAUUACAUAUCUUUCUAUGGUCUCAGAACCUAUGGCCAACUUUCUGAUUGCGGCCCAUUGGUCACAAGCCAGGUUUAUGUCCAUAGUAAAGUUAUGAUAGUAGAUGACCGUGUAGCCUUGAUUGGAUCAUCGAAUAUUAAUGACAGAAGCUUGUUAGGAUCUAGAGAUUCUGAGAUUGCCGUAGUCAUUGAGGAUAAAGAUUUUAUUGAUUCUUCAAUGAAUGGGAAUCCAUGGAAGGCUGGAAAGUUUGCAUUUAGCCUUCGGGUGUCGUUAUGGACAGAGCAUUUGGGUCUACACUCCGGGGAUAUUUUUCAAAUCAAGGACCCUAUAGCUGACACUACAUACAAAGAUUUGUGGCUUGCAAGAGCUAAGUUGAAUGCCAAAAUCUACCAAAAGGUCUUCUCUUGCGUCCCCAACGACCUCAUCUACACAAGGCAUGCACUCAGACAAUGUAAAGAGAAACUCAAGCACAACACAGUUGAUUUAGGAGUUGCGCCAGAGAAACAUGAAGAUUUCGUGAAUGAGGAAGCCGGCUUAGCGAAACCAAUCAACAGGUUAAAGUCAAUCAAAGGACAUGUUGUUUGCUUUCCCUUAGAGUUCAUGCGUGAAGAAGACCUGAGACCGAUAUUUAUUGACCACACUUACAGUCAGGGUAGAGGCCGAGGUGUUACACUUUGUGUCAAUAUCAUUGACCAAUAUGGUCAACGCUUGGAUGAAGUCAGCGAUAAAUUCUUGCUGGCUAGGCUCUCUCCUGCUUCGAUCUGUGGAUUCCGAGCUCAUUUUGCCUGGAUUUGGUGUAAAGGUGACGUGAUUGGAGUUUCAGGUGGUUGAAAUGUCCUCUCUUAGCAGAGAAUUGGUCUUUCUCAUACUUCAAUUCCUGGAGGAGGAGAAGUUUAAGGACUCAGUUCACAGGCUUGAGCAAGAAUCGGGGUUUUUCUUCAAUAUGAAGUACUUCGAGGAGAAAGUUCAUGCCGGUGAAUGGGAUGAAGUUGAGAAAUACCUAUCUGGAUUUACAAAAGUAGAUGACAAUAGGUACUCCAUGAAAAUAUUUUUUGAGAUUAGAAAGCAGAAGUAUCUCGAAGCACUUGAUGGGCAAGAUAAGGCAAAGGCUGUAGAGAUCCUUGUGAAUGAUUUGAAAGUGUUUUCAACAUUUAAUGAAGAUCUCUAUAAAGAAAUUACUCAGUUGCUGACAUUAAGUAAUUUCAGAGAGAAUGAACAGCUUUCAAAGUAUGGGGACACAAAGACUGCUCGCAGCAUAAUGUUGAUAGAGCUGAAAAAAUUGAUUGAAGCAAAUCCUCUCUUUCGAGAAAAGCUUGUAUUCCCAACCCUCAAGGCAUCAAGAUUGCGCACCUUGAUUAAUCAGAGGUGUGCAUUUGCAUCUUUCUCCGUCUACAUUUUUAAAGUUCUGUAUUUUCUCAAUACCAUUGGAAUCGAAAAGAAAACAGCUCAUUUUAU